AUGUCCUCCCGCUUCGUCUCCGGCGGCAAGAUUGACGCUGAGACGGGCGAGGUCGUCACUACAGACGCCAGCGACAAGAACACAGCCCAAGAGACGCGCAGCAAGGGCAACGCCGAAUGGGAGGCUGUGCAGCGAGAGCUCGAUGCCGAGAGGCGGCGAAGGGAGGAGGCAAGGGCGAAAGCCGUCGAGGGCGGGCGAGAAGAGCUUGUACGACGUGCUACAAGCGAACAAAGGUCGGUUGCAGCCUCUGUCACUCGGCCCCUUCAGACUGUCUGCCGAAGGAAUGCUUACAAGGAUGCAGCGGCCAAGGAGGCGGCGUUUGAGGAGGCGAACAAGAUUCGUAACCAGUUCCGCGCUUUGGAUGAUGACGAGAUUGACUUUUUGGACGAGACAGAAGGUGCAAGAUAA